AUGGCCUUGGAAAUCGGUCCAAUAACAAAAUCGAGCGAAAAAUUCAAUUUUAAAGAAUUUAGAAAAUCGAUAAUCACCGCACUUAUAUUUCUAGCUAUUAUAUUUUUGUUGUAUGUGAGAAAUCGAGGUUUUAUCGAAAAAAGCGAAGUUACGCCAAGUAUUUAUGAAGAAAACAUUUGUAAAACAAAAGAAUGCAAAAUUCUAGGAAAACGAAUGGUGAGAUACUUUAUUGUAAAAAAUCUUCUGAAAAAAAGUAAAAUUAAUUUCAGAAAUCUAUAAUGAACCCAAAAAUUGAUCCAUGUGAUGAUUUUUAUGAAUCAAUUUGUGGAAAAUAUCCAAAAAAUAAUACUGAUGAAGUAAGAGAAUAUCAAAAUGAUGACUAUAAUGAUUUAUCAACAUUUAUCAAGACUUUUAAACCAGUCACGAAAUCUGAAAAAAUUGCGAUGACUGUUUUGAAAAAAUGUAUGGAAAAAUCAGAAGAACACAACAAAAUUGAUAUGAGUUAUUGGAACAAUUUACAGAAUCAUAGUUUGACCGAUGUUUUGAUUGAAGCUGCCAAAAUCAAUCCAAAAAACACUGGAUUUUUGAAAAAUAUUGUUAACAUGGCUCAUAAUUCGAAAACGAAUUCAAAAUAUUUGUAUCUUUUAAUAACUCAAGGACUAGAAAAAAAUUCGGAAAUGGAUAAACUUUUUGAUGAAAUUCUUAAGAAGAACGAAACAUUGAGAAAAUCAUAUAUUGUGAGAUUAGACGAUAGUGUUAAAAAUUCAAUAUCUUUCAUUGAUCUUCAAAAAUAUGUAUAUUUUUUGCUGCCAGAAGAAUAUCGAGGAUUGAAAAAUGAUGGAGAAUGGUAUGUUGAUAUUAAUGCAUUGCUUGUUUUGCAAGAAAUUACGAAAAUGAAUGGUGUUGAUGGAAUUAAAGAAAUUAUCAAAAAGAGAUGGAAAUCUACUAUUCUAAAAUAUUUAGUUGAACCAGAAUCAGGAAAAUGCUUCGAAAAAUUGACUAGAUUAUUUCCUGGAACUCUUGCUACUAUUUUUGUGAAGAAUUUCGUUGGGAGCAAAAAUCUUCAGAGAGCUAAUGAAUUAUUCAAGGAACUUCAGAAGGUUUUUAUUGAAAUGUUAGAGAAAAAUAAUUGGAUGGAUCAAAAGUUGAAAGAUGUUUUGAUUCAAGAAGUUUUGGAUGUGAAAUCUUCGAUUGGAAUUCCAGAUGAGCACAAAAAUCAAGAAAAUAUCGAUAAAAUGUAUGCAAGAAUCGGAGAUUAUGAAAAUCAAUUGUAUUUGGAACUUGUUCAGAAUCUUCUGAAAAUGAAUAGUGAAGAAACAUUUUUGAGAGUUUCGAGAAGAGAAGAAAUCACAUAUCAGGGAUCAACAAUUGGUUUUAAUGCCAAUUAUUUUCGCAAAAAUCAUCGAACAAGUAAGUUACUAUAUUUCUAGAUUUACAUUAAUUAUUACUUUUUAAAACAUUUCAGCCAUCGGUCCAUUUCUUCUCAACUUUCCAUAUAUCGAUAGAAAUCUACCAGAAUGGAAUAACUUUGCAACUCUUGGUUAUCUUUUGGGACAUGAAAUUGGACAUGCUUUUGAUGCUGAAGAUUUCUAUAUAAAUCCAAUGAGAAAAGAUAUUGCGAUGUCAACGAAAAUGAAACAAAUAUUCAAAGAUCGUAUUGAUUGUAUUAUCGAGAAAUAUGAUGAAUACCAAUUUUCAGAUGGAACUUUUGUGAGUUACAAAAAAAUAUGUUUUUCAAUUUUUAAAUAAAGAUUUUCAGUCAAAUGGAACUCGCACUCGAACUGAAGAUUCAGCAGAUAUGAUUGGAUUUAAUCUAGCUUAUAGAUUAUUCAAGAAAUUAAAUAAUAUUGAAAAACUGCCAAGUCUUGAAAAAUAUACAGUUGAACAACAAUAUUUUCACAGAUUGGGUUAUGUGCGUUUUUUCUAGAGCUUUUGAACACAAGAUAAAAUUGUUUGUUUUUUCAGCUUUGGAGUUCUGCUGAACUGAAUGAGUUUGCAAUUUUGUUUUCACAAUUUGAUACUCACAGUGCUUUGAAAUUUCGUGUAAAUGGAAUGAUGUCGAAUUCCGAAGAAUUUGCAAAAGCUUAUAAUUGCCCGAAAAAUAGUCCUAUGAAUCCAGAAAAGAAAUGCCCUCUGUUUAAAUAA